AUGGGACCCCACACGAGAAGGGGAGGCCAGCAAAACCCCCAAGGCAGGUUCCCUCCUGCACACCCGAGAAUCUUUCACGGGGAAAUCCAGGAACUCAGCUACGCCCUGGAAAUGGAGAGAACCGGGAGGGUUGAAGACAACCAGAAACUGGCCCACUUGGAGGCCGAGCUGGAAGAGACGAAACUCCAGUUAAAGAAGCAGAAAGCUCUCAAAGAAACCUUUAUCAACGAGGCCAAGGAGGCAAAGAGGGAACUUGAGAGACUAGAGAAGUUCAGCGAUCCAGCAGUCCUUAACGCUGCGGUCAUUGCUUCUAAGGUUCACAACGAUGUGAAGUACAUGAAGAAGAAAAACUUGCAAGAAGACUUUGAGGAGUUAAAGGUGGCCCACCUCCUCAGCCGGGAAGCGUUUGUAGCUGAAAUACAAGCUGAGAGAAAGAAAAGUCUGGCCCUCCAAGAAGAACUGAACCAACUCCAGACUUCAUACGAGGAGCUGCGUUCCCAGUAUGAAGCAGAUGAUGCUCUGCUGAGGCAGGAGGCCGAGACACAAAAGUAUGAUGAAGCAAGGCUCAGUGAAGAACAACGGCUGUUGGAGAACUUGAGAGCUGAAAAGGAUGAAAUGUAUCAAGAAAUGUCUCAAAAGAUCACAUUCCUGCAAGGCAGUGAGAAACUUCUGCAGGAGGAAUUAAUUCAGCUGAAAUGUUCAUACAAUGAGCUCAAUUGUAAAUACGAAAGGGAUGUUUCUGGAUUGAAGCAAGACAUGGAUAGAUAUCAGGAGGAAGUGAGACAUGCGACAGAUGCCAACAUAGAAAGAGACAACGAGAAUCUGCAGCUCAUCAACAAGCUGAGAGCUGAAAAGGAGGAGCUCCUCCAAAAAAUGUCAGGAGAAAUCGAGACAUACCAGCAUCAGGUAGAGCAGGAGAGAAAAGCUCACCUGGAGAAAACCGAGGAGGACAUGAAGCUUCUGGACAAUAUGAGAGCUGAGAAGGAGGAGCUCCUCCACAAAAUGUCAAGAGAAAUCUCAAUUCGGCAAAAGAGGGAAAAGCAAAUGCUGCAUGAACUGGACCAGAUUCACACUCUCUACGAGGAGCUAAAAUGUAGAUAUGAAAGAGACAUUAUGGACAUACAGCAGCAGGUUGAGACAUACGAACAGAAGAGGGAGAAGCAAAUGCUGCAUGAACUGGACCAGGUUCACACUCUCUACGAGGAGCUAAAAUGUAGAUAUGAAAGAGACAUUAUGGACAUACAGCAGCAGGUUGAGACAUACGAACAGAAGAUUUACAACAAUGAUUUACAAAGAGAAAGAGACGACCUACUGCUGGCUGACAGUCUCAGAGCCGAGGAAGAAGGUUUCCAACAACAACCCAUCACAGUUUCCCAAGAGAAUGAAGAAGAUGAUUCACAGAACCAAGUUAAAGUCCUAAAUCAAGAGGUUUCUUCAGAGGAGGAUCUCGCAGGAGAACCUUUACCAGGUUCUUCCACUGAUCCAGAAUCCUCAGAAGAGACCGAGGUUGCUGGACAAACCAUCCUGGAGGAUUUGGACGAUCCAGAUGAGAAGGAGAAAGACGUGCAGGAGACGAACCGAGGACUGGAAUCAAACGCAUGGAGGAUGUAA